AUGGCGAAUUUUCAGCUCACGAACCUCAACGCCGGUCGGCUGAUCGUCGGCUUCGUCGCCGCCGUCAUUGUCUUCAAGCUCUUCUUCAGCGGUGGACCAUCUACGUCGCCCAUGCGAGGCUCAUCAUGGCACGGCUCACUGCAAUUAAAGAUGCCUUCUUGGGCGAAACCAGAAGUGCCGGAAGAUCGAAUGGGGUUUAUGCCUCUAGGCGAAGAGGUUGAAGCCAUGUGUGCCCACUACCGCUGGAAGCCAUUCCCCGACCGCUACCACCGCCGAAAGAUCUACGACCUUAUCAUGGUGAACGACGAGCUCGAUGCGUUGGCUCUUCGUAUGGGCGAAAUGGAUCAAGUCGAUUAUUUUGUCGUCGUCGAAAGCGAUCUCACCUUCUCCGACAAUCCCAAGCCGUUGUAUGUGCAGGAGAACUAUGAUUUAUUCAGCAAAUACCACCAUAAGAUGAUUGUGCAUACACUCAACAUGACUGGGCAAACCUUCGGCGAUGCCUGGUCCCGAGAAUCAUUCUCACGAAAUGCAAUGUUCAACCAGGUGUUCCCGAUCAUGGAAAACGAAAUGAUCCCGACCCACGGCGAUGUCAUGAUCGUUGGGGACGUUGAUGAGCUGGUGCGGCCGGAAAUCUUGACGACCCUCAGGAACUGCGAGUUCCCUGCUAAGGUGAAGCUGUGGACUCGCUUCUACUACUAUAGCUUUCAGUGGCUGCACCCCGAAGGUCACGCCGAAUGGGGCCACCCAGAUGUCACUUUCUUUCAAGGCUGGAAUCUCACAAUCCCGCCUCAAGAUUUACGCGGCGCGCGCCCUGACAUCGAUGUCUAUAGUGCAGGCUGGCACUGCAGCUACUGCUUUUCCCGGCUCAAGGACAUUGUCAACAAGGUCUCUAGCUUCAGUCACCAGGAAAUGAAUACGCCAGACUUUACGAGCCCGAGGAAGAUCCUGGACCGUGUAAGGUUUGGGCGGGAUAUGUUCGAUCGUGGAAACCUGUAUCGCAUAGAUAAUAACAAAGACGUGCCGGGCUAUGUCGUUCGGCACCCAGACCAAUACGGCUACAUGUUGGAUAGGGAUGCGGAGGACGGCAACUUUGUGGACGCAUGGGAUCUCAUUGAGGACAUGGAGGACAUGGCAUAA